AUGUUUAACCUUCUUGUAAGGACUGCAACAUCUUAUUUAAAGGAGUCAACUCCAAAGAAUUCAGAUGCAUGCUUUAAUAUAGCCUAUAUUGAUUCAAAUAAUGAAGCUUUUAGUAUAACCUCUCAAUUUCAAGGCUUCUUUGUUGCUUACAAGGUUAACAACGGGAAUACUCAGUUCAUAAAAAAGGAUCAGGAAAAGAUAUCCUCUUAUAAAAAUACAAGAAUAGAGGCAAAACUCAAUAAUCACGUUAAUAAUGAUUUCAUUUUCAUUUCAUUUACAGUUUCCAACAAUAAUCAAGAACCUAUUGACUUUUCUUUGGGUAUUUAUGCAGAUCUCCAGUUACUUAUUCCUCAAAGUACCAUAAUUCCACUAGAUUUCCGUCAAGGUUUUACAAUUAAGUCAAAUAGUGAAUCUUGCUCUGUUCUUACACACGGAUUAAACAGUUCUACAAAUGCCGAUGCAUUUUGGUAUGGAACACCUGAUAUUAACAACAGGAGAACACUAACAACAAAUCCAUAUUGGGAAAACCUUUCAAAUCCUCAAGAAAUACAUGGAGACAUUGAGAUGGCAUUAUCAUGGCAGAAUAGAAUUAUAAAGGCCGGUGAAACCGUCGAAUUUGGAUUUACAAUCGGAAAAGGAACUUCCAUUAAGACUCCACCAAAGCUUAUCCUUAACACAGAACUUCAAGAAAGAUAUGAUCCUGAAACAAAAUUAAGCAUCAACUUUACUGUCUAUGAUAAUGAUGUCAAUGAUGAUGUUACAGUGUUCGUUUACAAUAGCAUUAAUCAAAAAACUCUCAAUAGUUCCUUCAAAACAAAUGAAACUUUUAAACAUAAAUAUGCAAUAAUCACAAAAACUCUCAAACAUGGAAUAUACAAUUUUCAGAUUUGGGCAGUUGACUCAUCCGAUUAUACCUCAAAUCUUAUUGAAAGAACAAUCUAUGCGACAAAACUCCCUACAAUUAGAAUUGACAACGAGCUUGGAUCAUAUAAAAGAGGCGAAAAUAUUACUAUACAAGGCAAGGUAUGGGAUGAAUCAUUUGUUCAUUUCCAUUAUAAACUUGACAAUGAUGAAAGUUAUUAUACAAUUACUGAACAAAAGGUAACAAAUAAUAUUGAGACAGAUUUUAUUAUAACUAUACCUAUACCAGAAACAUUAGAAGGCAGUAAUCAUACCAUUACAAUUUAUGCUACAGAUGAAUAUGGAUUCAAGUCAGAGAGCAUAGUUGAUAAACACUUUACUCUUAUUGAAGAAUCAGAGCCAGAUGUUCCAAUUGAGGAAGAAAAUAAAAUUCCAUCUUCACCUUCAUCAAAUGUUGAUGAUUCAAAUGAAUCACCAAAUGAGGCGAGUAAAGAACUAACACCAGCACAAAAACCAGAUGAAAAAGAUAAGGAAUCAAAACUGAUUCAAAGUUCGGAAUCAAAUCAUUCAGCUCUAAAAGAUAAUUCGGAAUUAACAUCAAAUAGUGACACUAAUAAAAAUCUUGGCAUUGGAACUAAUGAAGUAAGACCAUCUAAAUCCAAUAAAUCAUGGAUAAUUCCAGUAGUUGUUGUAUGCAUUAUAAUAGUAAUUAUAGUUCUAGUAAUUGGCCUGAUUUACUUUGUUCAUAAAAAGAAAAAUGAAGGUUCACAAACUGAUUCAUCGUUUGAUGAUAUGCAAGAGACAAUUGCAAUCGUUACAAGCAAUUCAACGCCAGUAACUCUGGAUAAUCCUUUAUUCUCAACAAAUUUGUCAAAUGAAGAAGAUGAUAUCUUCAAAGAUGAUUUCGAAGAACAAAAAACAGAGCAUCUUUUAUAUAUUCUUCACAACAAUGUCGAUAACACUUAA